CGUAAUUGACUUCAACUAAAAAAUAUAUCCAACAAGUUUCUUCAUCCUAAAACUGGUUGAGUACCAUAGUUAGCUAUUGUAUGAGUUAAAUCUUUUUCUUUGCACAAAUGGCUUCCUCAUCCUCUCGUAAUUGGGUAUACGAUGUCUUCCCAAGCUUUAGCGGGGAAGAUCCGCAUAACUUUCCUCAGCCAUUUUCUCACGGAACUAGAUCAGAAGUUGAUCAAGACUUUCAAAGACAAUAAGAUAGAGAGAAGCCACUCGAUUGCCCCUGAGCUUGUAAGGGCGAUAAGGACUUCCAAGAUUGUCUUCUCGGAAAACUACACCUCUUCUAGUUGGUGUCUCGACGAAUUGGUGGAGAUCGUGAAAUGCAAGGAAGAGUCUGGUCAACUAGUUAUACCAAUUUUCUACGGUUUAGAUCCAUCUCAUGUCAGGAAACAAACUGGAAAAUUUGGAGAGGCUUUUGCAAAGACUUGUCAAAUCAAAACAAAAGGAGUGCAAAAACAAUGGCAGGAAGCGUUGGUCCUUGUUGCUAAUCUACUCGGAUAUCAUUCUCAUAACUUCAAUAAUGAAGCAACAAUGAUUGAAGUAAUCGCUAAUGAUAUUUUGGGAAAACUGAAACUGACUCCAUCCAAGGAUUUUAAGGACUUUGCUGGUAUCGAAUAUCAUAUAGCGGAGAUGAGUUUAUUGUUACAAUUGGAAUCCGGGGAGGCAAGGAUGGUUGGGAUAUGGGGUCCAACGGGAAUUGGCAAGACUACAAUUGCAAGAGCUUUAUUUAGUCGACUUUCUCGUCACUUCCAAGGUAGGAUUUUCAUAGACAGAGGUUUCAUAUCUAAGACUAUGAAGAAUUUUAGUGGAGCUAACCCUGAUGACUAUAAUAUGAAGUUGAGUUUGCAAGGAAGGUUUUUGUCUGAAAUUUUAGGCACUAGACACAUCCAAAUAUAUCAUUUAGGUGCUAUUGAAGAUAGACUAAAAGAGCAAAAAGUUCUUAUCUUUAUUGAUGAUGUGGAUAAGUGGUUCUAGAUACUUUAGUUGGUGACAUUGAGUGGUUUGGAUGUGGAAGUUGUUGGAUCAUUCCAACUUGAAGAACAAGCUAUCUCCUAGGAAGUUGCCUUAAGAGAUAGAAUAGGAAAAGGAAAAGUUCCUAAAGUCUUAAGUUGUAAUAUGCUAAUCCUAAUAGGUUUAAGAAAAGAUGAAACAUAUAAAUAUAUGAGUCUAUGGAGAGGUGUUCCAUGAGACUAGAGAGACUUGAGAGAUUUAGUUUUUGAGAAAUUUUCUAAAUCAAUAAGAGAGGUGUUCUUAUAUUCUUCAAGUCUUUGACCUUAUAUUUGGUAUCAGAGCAAGGUGUGCUUCUGACCUAAAACCGGUGGAGAAGAACUACGACAAGGCAUGGAGGCUGAAGCAAAUCCACCAUUACGAACUAAGGACCUUGGAGCACCAUCGAUCCAAUGUCCGUUACUCACACCGACUAAUUACACAGUUUGGUCGAUGAGGAUGAAGAUCAUACUUCGAGUCAGCG